UUAAGUUUCAAAAUAUCAUAAGUAGUGCAGGUUGUUUUGUGAGUCUACAUUUGUAUACAGUGCACUAGAAAAUGGCUAGACAUCAUCCAGAUCUCAUUUUCUGCAGGAAACAACCAGGCGUAGCUGUGGGCCGUGUCUGCGAGAAAUGCGAUGGUAGAUGUGUAAUAUGUGACUCAUUUGUGCGACCUUGCACCCUGGUGCGGAUAUGCGAUGAGUGUAAUUACGGCUCUUACCAAGGGAGAUGUGUCACAUGUGGUGGCCCUGGUAUAUCGGAUGCAUAUUACUGCAAGGGAUGUACUAUUCAGGAGAAAGAUAGAGAUGGCUGUCCGAAGAUUGUUAAUUUGGGCAGUUCAAAGACUGAUCUGUUCUAUGAACGGAAGAAAUAUGGAUUUAAGAAACAUUAGCAGAAAUAAUUCAUUUUAGUUAUAAAUGUUAUUAUUAAUUGUAAGUUAUUUUUUAUUUUUGACAGGGUCCAAGUAAAGUACAACUUGAACACUAUUUUAGUGUUUUUAGAGAAUUUUAACUCUCACAUGAUAAAAACUGACAAAUGUUACCUAUAGAACUAAUAUCAUAAAAAUAACAAAGUCCUCUGACGCCCAUGGCACCACAUUCUAAUGAUACAUCAUAACCACCAGACAUAAUGAGCAAAAUCUAAUGCUUCUUAUUUCUUUUGACUUAAUUCAUUCUUGGUAGAUUCAACUAAAAGAAAAUGACAGGAUAUUCACAAAGAGAAAAUAUGACAAAACUAUAUAAUAGCUAAUAUAGACUUAAAUAAGAUGUUUGGUAAAAAAAAAUAUAAAUCAAGGGUUAUUUGUUUUUUUAGAUUCAAAUCUAUAUAAUAAUAUAAACAUUGUUUAAUUAAAAAAGAAAUACAUACAAUGUAUAUAUUACAUUGUAUGUAUUUCUUUUUUAGUUUGUAAGUUAUCAAAACUGCCUACUACACGAAAAAUACAAAUAAGUUUUUAUUCAUAUUUCACACUGACUCUCUCUGGAAUAUCUUUAAGAAGAAAACUGCUUGAAUGGCUAGUUUAAAAUGAUUCUAAGGUGUUUGCUCGAAAUUGUGGGAAUUUAUUAAAAUGUACCUGUUGACGUAUUAUAGAUAAUAAUGUAAACUGAUUACAAAGCGUCCGUUAUUAACUUUAAAUUAUAAUGUAUUUAAAAUAAAUUUUAACAUAGUACAUAUAAUAUAAGUGAAUAUAUGGUAGUAAUAUUAAAAACAUAAUAUCAACAAUAGAAUAAAAUAAAUUUAUUAGUUAAUUUAUACGUAACAAUGUUAAUAUUUGUAACAUGUUGUGUUGAAGAUGUGGAGUGCCACAAGGCAGUUACCUAGGACCUGUCUUGUUCUUUUACAUAUAAUGUUACGGUAAUAUUUACAAUUACAUUUACUAGAUAGAGGGAAGUAUUUAUUUUCCAAUGACUGCAAACAUCAAUUUAAUUCUGAUGACGGUGAUAUAGUGGGUUUUAAUAAACAUAUCAGAAAUAAGAAUAAAUUACAGAAAGUCAUAAAAGUUGUCGUAGUUUCAGCACUGAAUAAUUGUGAUCUUAAUUGUGAUGUGAAUUAAAAAUAAUAUAAAUCCAUUAAGUAGUAUUAUGAAUGCCUCGUCCAAUAAAUAAGAUAUAUGAAUUGAAAUAACACGAAGUAUAUAUUUUUCUAUUUUAAAUGUACUUGUUGAUUAUAAUUGAAUGUCUAAAUAUAAUUUGCAAUAUUAUUGU